AUGUGGGCAGUGGUGGGCCACAAGUCCCCAGGUACCUGGAGAAUGAGGCUCCUUCUGUUGGCAGCUGUAAUCACUGCUGGCCUCCUCCUGCUCUACAUCCCGCUGUGCUACGAGGAUUUCCAUUUCCAUGUGGCUCAUGUGUAUGCUCGCCUGGGGUACCCCAAUGCCCAGCACAUCCUGGGACAGAGGUAUCUGCAAGGAGCUGGAGUGGAAAAAAAUGAGGACAUGGCCAUGCACUGGUUCAGGCAAGCUGCGGGGCAGGGCCAUCCCCACUCCUCCUUCAACCUGGCAGUGGGGACACUCAGAAACAUGACCAUGGCACUUGAAGAAGGGUAACCUGAGAUAAUCCUCUUCCUUCCCAUUACAGCUCAAUUCCCAGCUCCUCUUGGGGAGGGAAGGAAACCUGGUGCUCUAGGUACUCCAUGCAUGAAGCUACUCCAGCAUUUCUAAUGCCCUCUUUUUGUACUGUCAGUAAUGCAGCCCAACCUGAAGCAGGGAAAUGG